AUGCAUUGGCGGCAACCAUUCAGUGAUCGCGCCGGUGCGCAGAGCGAGGUUGUUGAAGGCCAGAAGGAGGACAUUUCCGCAGGCAGCGCAAAGUUCAUCGGCGAAAAGGGCGGCAAUGAUGCGCCAGCUACCUAUCAGGAUGCGGCCGGUGCGCCAGUCGAGAACAACUCGCCGUUGGGAUACUCGGUUGGACCAGUGACGAUUACCUUGCUGAACAUCACCAUGAUGAUUGGGGCUGGUAUCUACUCUACACCAUCCUCGAUUCUGUCCGGCACGGGAUCUGUCGGGGUCAGUUUUGUUUAUUGGACACUCGGUUACUUUUUAUGUCUCGCAUCAGGAGCUGUCUACCUCGAAUUUACCGCCUACUUCCCCAGUCGAUCUGGUUCCGAGGUCGUCUUCCUUGAACAGGCCUACCCUCGCCCCAUGUGGCUGUUCCCGACAACCUUCGCUGUCCAAAGUGUCAUUCUCUCGUUUGGAAGUGCCAACGCUACCGUCAUGGCCAACUAUCUGAUUGCCAUCUCCGGACACGAAGGCACUGAUUGGCAAAUCAAGGGCACUGCUCUGGCAUGCUACACUCUGGCCACUUUGACUCUUGUGUUCAACACCAAGUAUGCCUACUGGUUCUCCAACGCCGUCGGCAUUGUCAAGAUCUGCACGCUGCUCUUCGUCAUUCUCACCGGCUUCGUUGUGCUGGGUGGCAACACCAGGGUUGAGGAUCCCAAGGCCAACUUCCGAGAUGCCUGGUCGGGCAGUAGUAACGCGUCGGCGUAUGGCAUGACUAUUGCACUGUACCGCGUCAUCUUCUCGUAUGGUGGUUACAACAACGCUUUCAACGUUGCCAACGAAGUCAAGAAUCCGGUCCGAUCGCUCAAGAUAUACGCCACUGCUGCUCUGACUACAGUUUACAUUCUGUACAUGUUUGCCAAUGUCGCCUUCUUCGCUGCUGUCCCCAAGGAGGAGCUUGAGAACUCGGGCGUCACGGCCGCCAGCCUGUUCUUUACCGCUGUCUUCGGUAAUAGUGGCGCCGUCCGGGGGUUGAACUUCCUCAUUGCUUUGGCGUCUUUUGGAAACAUGAUUGCCGUCAUCAUUGGCCUGUCUCGACGAAUUCGCGAGUCCGGACGGCAAGGUGUUCUCCCCUGGACUACUUUUUGGGUUUCUACCAAGCCUUUCGGAACUCCGCUGGGGCCAUAUGCGGUCAUCUGGUUUUUGACCGCUCUGAUGAUUCUGGCCGUCCCGGCUGGAGAUGCUUUCACUUUCGUCAACGAUCUGGCAAUUUUCCCGAAUGCGGCGUUCAAUUUGGCCAUGGCCGUCGGCAUCUAUAUCGUUCGCUGGCGCAGACGCCAGGCCGACCUCCCCGAGCCCGAGUUCAAGGCGUGGCACGUUGUCAUCCUCUUCAACAUUCUCAUCCAGGUCUACCUCCUCAUCAUGCCGUGGUAUCCACCCGCGGGCGGCCAAUACGCUGGAGAUGUCAGCUUCUGGUACGCCACGUACGUCGUUGCUGGUAUCGCAAUUCUCCUCACCUGUGCGGUCUACUAUUGGUUUUGGGCUUCUCUUCUCCCCAAGUGGAAAGGCUACCAAUUGCGGCAGGAGCUCAUUCAUCUUGACGACGGUGCUCAGAGCAACCAACUCCGAAAAAUUCCCAACGCUGAGGUUGCACACCUCAGAUCAUCCGCCGGCGUCCGCCUUCCCUCAAAACAACACCCACCCGCCCAACAAGACACAACCCCCCACAUCACCCCCUCCCUCAACCCGCCCCUCCCCGGCCCGGCCCUCCCCGGGACCGGCCGCGCCGUAGCACUGUCGCCGCCCCGCGUCUCGCCUGCCCCAGCACCGCUCCCCGAACCACUCGCACCUUCUGCCGCCUCAUGCGCAGUGCCGCCGCCGCCGCUGCUGCUCGCCCCCGCCGUCUCCGCCGCCUGCACCGCCGCCGCACCGGUGCCAACGCCCGUCCCCGUCCGCGUCCCUUGCGAGCCGCCGCCGCCACCAACCGCACCGCCGCUCAACGUAUACGUCCUGACCGAACCACCGGAAGGGGAGAAAGAAAAGACGGUUGUUGUGCUACGGAAGGCAAAUGAACAUCUUGAGGUAUGCUUUGUGCGAGAAUCCGGCGACAAGCCCGCGCCAUCGGUAGUCCCCUUGGUAUUGCUUCAGCUGCGGGGGCGGAAUCGGCUGUAA